AUGGAGACUCCAUCCCGUCGAAGGCGACUAGUGAUAGCUGACUCACCAAGUAGUCAAAGUAGCUUCUGUCUAGAAGAUGAGGAAGAUGGCGACUCUACAUUUUCGUCAGAUGACACCAGUGAACAAAGUCCUAAACACAAGAAAACUUCGGAUACCAAGGCUCUCGAAGGAAUUGUGGAGCCCAUGAAAAAUAUCAGUCUGUCUAGUACUUCAGCAUCUAGAAAGGAACAAUCGACACAUCAAGUGAUCGUGAUUGACAGCGACGAUGAAGCAGUGGAAAUCGAGAGCAAAAGGAACGAUCCAACACCCAAAACAGCCGUCGCGUCAUCUAAGAUUAAGCGUUUUUCCAGAAGAGGACUCGACAGCUUGUCAUUCGACUCUGAUUCCGAUGAUUCUUACUCUGACUCAGAUUCGAGUUUUGAAAUUCCACCGGCUGCAUUUCCCCCACGACGGCAAACAGCGAUUGAAGACGACGACGAAUCGGACAUUUCUGUAUCUGGUGACGACGACUCGUUUCAAUCAGCAAGAGAAGAGCUUUCGUGCAGUUCCGAAGACAAAGAUGACGAAGGCGACGAAGAAGGAAGGUGGAAGUACAAUAGCGAUCGAAAGGAAGUAUCUCUGUCUUCCAGGUCUGAAGUCAAGAUGCCAAAGUUGGCGAUUCCUUCAAAACUGUUCAAAACACUGUUCGAUUAUCAGAAGGAAGGGGUAGCUUGGAUGGCCGGCCUCCAUAAUGGAAGAAUAGGUGGCCUACUUGGAGAUGAUAUGGGACUUGGUAAAACUUACCAAGUCUUAGCAUUUAUUGGGGGUCUAAUGAAGGCCCAAACAAUCAGAAAUUGUCUUGUAGUCGCACCAGUGUCAGUUUUACGGUCAUGGGAACGGGAAGCCAACAAAGUAGCAAAGGCAUGUGUCCCUCACCUACGGAUUCAGGUUGUUUCUAGUGCUAUUUCGAAAGCAGUGAGGUUUCGGCGGCUACAAGAAGCACAAGAAUGUCCUUCGUAUCAGCCCUCCCUUGUGAUAACAACAUAUGGCUUGGUGCGAUCAUCGACAAUGGAUUUCGUAAGCGACUGUGGCAAAUGGGACUAUGUUGUUCUUGAUGAAGCACACACUAUCAAGAACCCAUCUGCUGACUUGAGCAAGUGUUGUCGUAGGAUUGCGCGACACAAAGAUACCAGGAAACUGAUAAUGACCGGCACUCCAAUCAUGAAUAAUCUCAAAGAGCUCUGGGCCUUGCUUGAUUUUGUACAAAGCGGUAGAGUGUUGGGGCCACUUUCGAGAUUCAUGAACAGCUUCGCGAACCCUAUUGAAGAUGCCCGAAGCAGCAAUGCAACUAGUCAUGAAAUGCGAAUAGGAGAAAGGGCAAACAAGGAGCUUCAAGAGAAAAUCAGGCCAUACUUCCUGCAGCGCUCAAAGCUUGAGUACCUUGCCGACAAGCUGCCAAAGAAGCGAGACCAUGUUGUCUGGGUUGGCCUUUCAGAUGAACAGAGGAAGAUGUAUGCUCAAUAUGUAGAGUCAAAAGAUUCAGCUGUUGCUCAAGUUUUAUCUGGUAUUUCAACCUCGCCACUUGAAGCAGUCACAUGGUUGAAGAAGUUAUGUGGACAUCCGGUUCUUGUGCAAUAUGGUGAUUCCGAACGUCUGGUGAAGCAAACUCCUGUGAAUCAGUUAAAGUUGCAAUCGUCGAAACUGCAAGCGCUGAGUAAAUUGGUCGAGGAACUAUGCUCACAAGGACAUAAGACUCUCAUUUUCUCGCAAAGUACAAAAAUGUUGAACAUCAUUGAGCGGGUUCUUGAGAAUAUCCCCUUUGCAAGAAUUGAUGGGUCUACAAAAGAGACGGAGCGACAACGACGAGUAGAUGAUUUCAAUAGUUCUAAUGGGAAGGCUGCGGUUAUGCUGCUUUCUACUAAAGCCGCAGGAGUAGGUCUCACUUUGACUGGAGCCGAUCGGGCCGUUAUCUAUGAUCCAAGCUGGAAUCCAGCGGAAGAUGCCCAAGCAGUUGAUCGCUGCUACCGAAUCGGACAAACCAAAGAAGUGGCUGUUUUUCGAUUUAUCACGGCUGGGACUGUUGAAGAGAAGAUGUACGAAAAGCAGGUGCACAAAGAUGGGAUCCGAAGAGCUGUUAUGACAAGCAUGGGGAGUGCUACAACUAGAUACUUUGACCGAAAGGAGCUGCGAAAGCUAUUUAAACUCGGCGCUGUGGGGGUAUGCGAAUUUCUCGACAGGCUGAAACAGCGGGGUAUAGCAGAAGCUGAUGAUAUGAAAGCGAGCAUCAUGAUCACCCACCAGGCGAUAGUCGAAGUUUCAUCUCACGACAAGGUUUACUUGUCCGACACUAUUGUGACAAUUUCAGACGACGAGACUACUGAGUCCAGGCAUAAUAAUCCUUUCAGUGCCGCAAAGGCACCUCCGCCAUCAGCAUCAACAACUAAGCAUUACUUUGACACUGCAGAUCCAAGUCCAAUAGUUCUUGGAAGAUCACAGCGUGCACUUCUGAAGGGAUCGAACAACAAGAAAAGCAUGGAUAAGCAAACGAAAGCCGAUGGAAGAACCAGCACUACAGAGAAAGAAAACGAGCGAAAAACAAUCAACGCCAAGCUUUCUUCGAAGAAAGGCGAAGACUUCAAGGAAGUUUCCUUAAAAGCCGGAGAACGCCCUACCUCUUCCAAUAUGAUCCAAGAGGCAGACAGAUUAUGCCGUGGAGGCAACAAAGUGGAUGCAAUGAAAAUAUUGAUGGACUUGUUGGACGAAAAAUCCGUCGAGGUCGAAAAAGUCGACAAGAUUGCGAUUCAUAAACGAAUUGCGCGAGUCGCAAACGAACUUGAAUGGCUCUGA